UGAAGAGCAAGGGCAGUUUUGAAGUUGUGUUGUAAAAUGUUAGGUUGUGUGGAUGCUGGGGUCGACGUUUUAUUCAUAUUGUUAGGGUAUGAAGUCGAUUAGUAGUGAGAACAGGCUCAAGUCGUAGUUCUGGUUGAAACGGUGCUGCUGGAUUAUUAAUACCAAACUGGUUUUGGAGGAGAUCUGAGGCUUACUACUGAUUGGACAUUAAAGUACAAGUUACAGCCCACAACCGUAUCUGAUUUUAAACAGGUGUACAGGCCCAAAUUUAAAAACUGUAUUCAAGAAUGGCAGAUACUGAUGACAAAACAGUUUCAAGUGGCGCCAGCGAUCUCACUGAUGCACAAGCAGAAAAUGAAUCUUUCCCACUCUCGUCACUGGCUAGUCUAUUUGAAAAUGAGGAAACCAGCCCCAGUAAUGACUUAUCACGAGCCACACAUCCUGCUGAAAAUAAGCAGAAUCUCAGAACAAAGUUCCAAGGAGCCUUUAAAAAGGGAAUGCCGAACCCUAUGGAUUUUAUUGAGUCUUAUGAUUCUCCCGUAGCCCCAGCAGCCAAAAAAGCUCCCAUGGACUCCCUGUUUGAUUAUGGGACAUACCGUCAUCAUCCAGUAGAGAACAAGAGGAAGAGGAAGAAAAUCAUCACAGACAAGAAUCAGAAUGGAAAAGACCUUGCUGCAGAACGACCUCCAGCUCCAGCCCCUCUCAAAAUAUUUAACAGACAUAUUCUCACAGAUAUUAUAUCCAGAGGAUGUGCAGAGGAACUUGACGGUUUACUUGACUUCUUACAGGCUAACAAGAAGCGCCUGACAGAUGAGGAAUUUCGAGAACCUUCCACAGGAAAAUCUCUUUUGUCAAAAGCCCUGUUGAACUUGCAAGGUGGGAAGAAUGACACUAUUCCUGUUCUUGUGGAUAUGAUUGAGAAAACAGGCAGUCAGCAGGAGUUCAUCAACACACCUUUCCGAGAUGUUUACUAUAGAGGACAGACAGCAUUGCAUAUCGCUAUUGAGCGCCGCUGCAAGCAUUAUGUCGAACUGUUGGUCGAAAAGGGAGCCGAUGUCCAUGCACAGGCAAGAGGACGAUUCUUUCAGCCCAAAAAUGAAGGCGGGUACUUCUACUUUGGUGAAUUACCACUAUCUCUUGCUGCCUGUACAAACCAGCGUGACAUGGUAUGCUACCUCACCGAGAACCCACAUAAGAAAGCUGAUAUGCGUCGCCAGGAUACGAGAGGGAACACCGUUCUUCAUGCAUUGGUUGCCAUUGCUGACAACAAGAGGGAGAAUACUAAAUUUGUCACAAAAAUGUAUGACUUGCUGCUUAUCAGAUGUGUUAAAUUCUUCCCAGAUUGUAACCUGGAAGAUAUUUUAAAUAAUGAUGGGCUGUCUCCACUCAUGAUGGCAGCCAAACUAGGCAAAAUUGGGGUAUUUCAGCACAUUAUACGCAGGGAAAUAACAGAUGAAGAUGCUCGCCAUCUUUCUAGGAAAUUCAAGGACUGGGCAUAUGGACCCGUAUACUCUUCACUGUAUGACCUUUCUUCAUUAGAUACAUGUGGGGAGGAGGCCUCUGUUUUGGAGAUCUUGGUAUACAACAGUAAAAUAGAGAAUCGGCAUGAAAUGUUAGCUGUGGAGCCAAUUAACGAACUGCUGAGAGAUAAGUGGCAGAAGUUCGGAGCAGUUUCCUUCUAUAUCAGUGUUGUGUCCUACCUCACUACCAUGGUGGUCUUUACCUUGACUGCUUAUUACAGGCCAUUAGAUCACAAACCUCCAUAUCCAUAUAAGGAAACAAAAGACUUCAUACGGCUAGGUGGGGAGGUCAUCACCGUUCUCUCUGGAGCUUUAUUCUUCUGUACUAAUAUAAAAGACUUAUUUACGAAGAAGUGCCCUGGAAUUAAUUCCUUAAUUACUGAUGCAUCUUUCCAGCUACUUUACUUUAUAUACUCUGUGCUUGUGUUAGUCUCAGCUGCGAUGUACAUAUCGGGCAUCGAGGCAUAUGCUGCAGUGAUGGUCUUUGCUCUAGUUCUUGGCUGGAUAAAUACACUGUAUUUCACAAGAGGGGUGAAGCUCACAGGAACGUACAGCAUCAUGCUUCAGAAGAUCUUGAUGAAAGACCUCAUUCGAUUUUUGUUGGUAUAUUUUCUGUUCAUGAUUGGAUAUGCUUCAGCUCUUGUGUCACUGAUGACCCCUUGCCCUGCUUGUUCUGAUGGUAGUACAAACUGCACAGUGUAUCCAUCCUGCAGAGACAAUGGCACCUUCAGUUUGUUCCUGAUGGAUCUCUUUAAACUGACUAUUGGCAUGGGUGACAUGGAAGCAUUAAAAAGUACCAAAUACCAGGAAGUGUUCAUCAUUUUGCUGGUAACAUACAUCAUCCUAACCUUUGUGCUUCUCCUAAACAUGUUAAUCGCCUUGAUGGGGGAGACUGUUGGACAAAUAUCAAAGGAGAGCAAACAAAUAUGGAAACUGCAGUGGGCUACUACAAUCCUGGACAUCGAGAGAGCAUUUCCAGUGUUUCUAAGAAAGGCUUUCCGCUCUGGUGAAAUGGUGACAGUGGGGAAGAAUUCAGAUGGUACGCCAGAUCGAAGAUGGUGCUUUAGGGUGGAUGAAGUCAACUGGUCUCACUGGAACCAGAAUCUGGGAAUUAUUAAUGAAGACCCUGGAAAGAAUGAGGAAAUGUACCAGUUCUAUGGAAUUUCUCAUACUGUGGGGCGUCUACGUAGAGAUCGCUGGUCAAGUGUUGUCCCUCGUGUUGUGGAGCUUAAUAAAAAUCCUAAUACUGGAGAUGUUGUGAUACCAUUGGACCAUGCAGCAGCGUCACACUACUGUGAUAACAAAUACACGGACUCACAAAACUGGAAACGGGAUGAAACGGUCAUCUGAUGUGGGGUCUCUUUCAAACCCGAAGGAGGAUGUGACAGGUUAUGGAGGAUUAUUUCAGUGCCUUGGAUGGACACACUUUUUUAAUAUUGCAGUAUUGCAAAUUUGCACAGGAGAACAUAGUGAGAAUCAGCUGGAACUGCCAGUUGCAUUUUACAUUCCUUAUGUCUGGAAAAUCUUUACAGUCUUUAUAGCCCCUGCGAGUCCAGAGGCCAUUCAGGAUGACAAAAAGAAUAUGUAAACAGCAUGUGAAGGUGGAUCAAAGCUGAUGGAACUUUUUAUUUUAUUAUUUUUUUUUUUUGCGUUUAGUACUUUUUAAUUUGUAUUUUUUAGUAGACUGGAUAUUUAUUCCUUCAUCACGAAGCAUUUUUUUCUCAAAUCAGACUUGACUACUGGUAUAGUCAUUUAAUUACAGAACAGGUGUUGCUUGCAGUUUAAACUUUAUGAAUCGAACACAAGGAAAUUAGAGCAGUAUUUCCAAAGGGAGGGCUGGAACUUAAAUGACUAGCUUUCUCCACUGUAUUUUGUAACGCAUAUAAAAAGCUACAACUCUGCCGUAAUUUACACAAGAAGCUCUUAAAUGUACUCUCUCAUGCCAAAAGAAACUUGUAAACUGCACAAGGAACUCCUUUUUUUUAGCAGAGUUCAGCUGAUGAGACAGAACACAUGAAUGAUUAGUGUUCCCCUAAGUUCCUUGCAUAAUAUUGCAGCUGUUCCUCAGAUUAUGGCAAACGGUAUUACAUACUGCUGAUAUCCAUGGGUUACGUAUUUGGAACAGGUGUCUCUGAGUAGUACUAUCUGCAGCCUUUCCUUUAUAGCAAGGGUUUUUCCAUGCUACAUUCCUCUUAUCUCCUGUCUUAAGUGGUGGUCUUAAUUCUUUUAUUUUUCCAUUCUUUUUUUCUUCAUAAUAUGACAUGGUUAAGGUUUUUUUUUUUUAUAGUGGUCCCACUUGGUUUAUAUUUACAUUGCAUCAUUAGGUGCAGAGAACAGUCGCUGCUGAGUCAUUUUAAGUACUGGAAUUAAGUUAAUAUGAAACAAUGAGUGGUCACAUCGUUUGACUAGUAUUGACAGCAAAAGUAUGAGCCAUACUGUCAGGCUGAAUUUAUUUUGCAUUUAAAAUAAAUGAUACAGCUGAUUAAGAAUAGAUGGGGCCAGAUUAAUAUCUGGAGAUGCUGAAAAGUCUUGCAUGGGCUACCAAAGCACAGAUAAUUAAACGUAAAUCUGCAGUGACAGUACUUGCUAUUAUUACUAAGCAGGGGCAUCAGUGGUCAUAGGAUUUAAUGGCUAUCUAAAUAUGUAGACAUAAAGAAUUAGCGAUUACAUGCUUAUUCAGCUGUGUAUUACUUCACAUUCCUUUAAAUGAUGAAGUCUCCCACUAAUCAUUUAGUAAAGGUGUGAUAGAUCAUUGCUGCUUUGUGCAGGUAAAAGUUUGGUAUCUGCAGUACAUUAUAGGUUACAUAUAGAUGUCUGCUGUCUGCAAUCUGUCAGGAACAAAGACAUCACAACCACUCAGUUGUCACAUUGCCACACACACACACACACACACACACACACACACACACACACACACACACACACACACACAGACAAUCCACUAGUGCACCACUCAAACCUUUCCUCCAUUAAAUCACAGAUGAUUGCUGAUGAAAGCCUCAUAGGUUUACUUGUCCAAUCGCAACAGUAUGCCAACAUUCAGUACAAAACCCAUAUGAACAGCAGAUUGGCUGCUCACAUUCUUCUGUUCUCAUGCACGUGUAGCAAAAGAAACAGAAAGUUAUUCAGUUAUUCCAGCAACCCUUAUCUCUUUCCUAGCUCAGUCACAUGCUGUUUCAAGAUGCAGAAGAACUACAAAUUACAGAAGUUGCUCCUGACUCUCCAGAGCACACAGCUCCUAAAACACAACAAAACCCAAACACAUACAUGUAUGGGGGUGCUCCAUCCCUUUAUACUCCGUUGAUAUGGUAGCUUUUUCCCCACUCCUCUUACUUAUGCACUAGCAUCAUAGUUGCACAACCAUUACUAUAGCACAAAUAGCAUUUUAAUGCCAUAGUCGAACAUUGAAGUUUCAGCUAUAGCAGUUCAUUAGGGACAGUCAACUGAAAGUCAUCGUUAAUAUCAUCAUCAACCUCCUUUUUCCCAUUUUGUGCAAGGGAUCAGGGUGUCAUGUACUCAGAAAGCAUCUAGUACUUUAAAAAUUAUUUUAAGAAUUAAUUUGGAAACCCUGCCAGUGACAAUUUUCCUUUCACAGAUGUGCAGAUCUCGUAAUGGCCUUAAUGUUAAUAUGUGAUGCACAUCAGAAUCCCAGUUAUAGAUGUAGGCAGAAAAAGCCAAAUGGCUACCUGAAAAGCCUGGCUCAGAAGACACUCCAGUAAAAAGGAGCAUUGCAUUCUCAGGUGCAUAAUGCCACCAGCAUUCGGAUUUUUGAGAAUUAAUGUUUAUUAGUUGCAUUUUUUUAUUGCUGUAAUUUCAGGCACAUAACUUCAUUUAGUAGAAAUCAUGUCCUGUCAUAUUGCUUGUGUGUAUGCAGUAGUGCAUGCAAUAAACUUUCACUUUCUAAAUUAAGUGAUGUAGUUUUUAAGCAAAUGGAGGAAAAUCCUUAAUUGUCAUUGUGUAUUUUGAUCAUGUUUAGUUGUCCCAUAAAACUAGGAUUUCAGUUUCAGUAAUAGUCAGGACUUUAUUCCUACACAUCAUGAAGUUUGGCAGCUAUACAGUGAAAAUGCUGGUAGAGAUUAUUUUUUGCUGCCUUGUAGAGUCUGGCUUCUUCUUUACAGUCUGUAUAAACAGAAAAUAGUACUUCCAUAACUUUUCAGUUUUUCUUUUAAAAGGGCAGCAAUUUCCCGCAACCUUGUCGUAUGCCUCAUGGAUCCACAUAGUCAUACCUUUAUGAUAAUG